GUAUGUGCACGACGCUUUGGAAGGGCGGCCGCGUAAGCCACGUGCACCUCGAAACUUGCGCUUAGUUCUUCACGAACUGUGUAGGAGGUUAGUCUGCUACAUGAAUAUAAUGUUCCGUCAACGUCACGCGUUAUGAGUGCACGCGGCGGGUUCUUUUUCGCCGGACGGUAGCCACGUGAUUUUGACAGUCCAACGAGCCGGUGUUUUGUGUGUGAUGUGCCGCGCGCGAAACGCAGUGUUUUUUUGAAAAUCUCAUGUUUAACAGAGCUAUGUUUUGACUGGAUAACGCAAGGAUCUUUUUCAAUUGUUCCGGGCAAUUUCUGGCGAACAUGGAGUGUUUUCGAUUUCACUGGCUUCUAUUCCUACUGCUGACGAGGCUGUGCUCCGCCAGCGAUGGAUUAUUCGGAUCUAAAUUUCAAAGCGACAUCCCGGAAUACGACCUGCUUCAUGCGAUCGGCGUGCCAUUCAGCAACCCUAAAACCCAAUACUUCGAUGAGGGAUUAGACGGUUUCCCUGCGUACGGCUUAAAGCCGGGCUCCGAUAUCAAAUCGCCGUACCGUCUAUUCAUGCCGGAGAAAUUGUAUUCGGAAUUUUCCAUAACGGCCACUGUUCGGCCGGCAAACAAAGAUGGCGGAUUUCUGUUCUCCGUGGUCAACCCGCUGGAAACCGUCGUACAAUUGGGCGUGCAGCUUAUACCCUCCGGGCCAGGAUUGACAAACAUAUCUUUGUUGUACACCGAUGCGAACAUAUACGCGUUAUCGCAGACGAUAGCGUCCUUUGUGGUGCCGUCCUUUUCGAAAAAAUGGAGCCGGUUCGCCUUGAGAGUGACUACGGAUAACGUGACGCUUUUCCUCAAUUGUCACGAGUUCGACAGUGUGCCGGUGAAGCGAAAUCCGAUGGAAUUGGUCUUCGAUUCGGCUUCCACUUUGUACGUCGGGCAAGCGGGGCCGCUUAUAAGGGGAGCUUUUCACGGUGCAUUUCAAGAACUGAAGCUGUAUGGUUCACCGUCGCAGGCAGAGGUGCAAUGUGUCAACACGUUUGAGGAAAUGGGUAAAGGCAGUGGCGGUGACGAGAUUGACAUUGACAAUUUAUUGGUUGAUCAAGAAGAAGGGGAUGCGGAGGGAUCAGGCCGCUAUGGAACAAUGCCUCCACCUUUCCUGCCACCACCACCAGAUGGAUAUCCACUGCGUUUUAGAGGCGGUGAAAAAGGAGACAGAGGACCAAGGGGCCCACCGGGAGAGACAGUGCGAGGCCCGCCGGGUCCCCCAGGGCCACCCGGCCCACCCGGGCUCCCUGGAAUAUCUGCGAACACUGAAAUAUCUGGAUCUGGAGAUGACCAAGUCUUCGGCGAGAACUACGCGUCGUUGGGGCAAUGUGGCUGCAACACGAGCACCAUCCUGUCGCUUCUGCAGAUAGCACCAGAGCUUCAAGGACCACCAGGUCCCCCCGGUCUGAUGGGGGCGGACGGCCGCACCGGAGCACCAGGCAUUACGGGUCAAGCGGGUAUGCCUGGCGAAAGAGGUGCCGUGGGGCCAAGAGGGGAAAAAGGGGACCGAGGUGACUCCGGUCCACGUGGGCCAGAAGGUCUCCCCGGGCCAAAAGGGGAAGCUGGCGUAGAUGGAAGACCCGGUUCACCUGGCCCUCCGGGUCCACCCGGACCGCCGGGAUCAUCAGAAUACAGCAAUUUCGACGAAUCAAUAUUGGGUUCUUACGGUGGGGCUAUUGGGAGACCUGGCGCACCCGGGCCAAAGGGCGAUGCGGGGCAACCUGGCCCAAUUGGGCCACAUGGGGAACGAGGCUUCCCGGGUCAUAAGGGUGAGAGGGGACCGCCAGGGCAGCAUGGACCUAAGGGUGAUCGAGGACAUCCCGGCCCCCAAGGCGACCGGGGGUUGAAAGGGGAUCAAGGAACCCCUGGUCUGGAAGGCCGUCCCGGUAUUCCUGGGGCAAACGGUCGACCAGCUGAGAAAGGUGAAAAAGGGGAAAGGGGUUCCCCCGGUCCUCCAGGCCCACCAUCUGUUUCUGGGGUUUUCAGUUCCGAUGAUCCUGAAUUUUUACCCACUGGUCGUCAAGCUGCACCAGGUUCAAAAGGCGAUAAAGGAGAAAAGGGUGAAAAGGGAAAUCGAGGCAGUGAUGGCCCUCCAGGGUUCCCGGGCAAAGACGGCAAACCUGGUGAACGAGGGGACAUUGGCCCGUCGGGGCUACCGGGAAUAACGGGACCUCCUGGCACGCCCGGCUUAAAAGGAGAAAGGGGCGAAAGGGGUCCACCCGGACCUAUCAGUUUGACAUCACCCGGUUCAGAUAUAAUAUCAAUAAAGGGUGACAAAGGAGAAUCAGGUCUCAGAGGUAGAAGAGGCAGGCCAGGACCUCAAGGCCCUCGAGGCUUACAAGGAUUACCAGGAAUACCGGGAUCUCCAGGAAAACCAGGCGAAAAGGGUGAAAUAGGCCUACCUGGUUGGAUGGGACGUCCAGGAACUUUAGGACCACCUGGAAUUCCAGGUCCUGCAGGACCUAAAGGAGAAAAAGGAGAUCCCGGCAUCAAUCUAAUGGAUAUUGAAAUGCUCAAAGGUGAUAAAGGAGAACGCGGUUAUGAUGGUAUCCCAGGUUUACCGGGCAGCAAAGGUCCCCCAGGCCCACCCGGGCCACCCGGGUCUUUAUCCGAAACAGUGCGCUACAUACCCGGUCCACCUGGACCCCCAGGUCCCCCGGGACCGCCGGGUCCCACUGGUGCCCCAGGAGCAUCAAUAGUGGGCCCCAAAGGAGAACCUGGGUCAAAUUACCACGAAGAACACGUACAUGGGAACACCAAACUUUAUGGACGACCUGCUACGAAGAGUCCAAUUGAGCAGCUCAAGGCACUGAAUAAUGUGAAAGAUCCCAAGGGAAAAGAUAGAGGAGUGUACACCCAAGCCAAUCACGGCACAGCACACGCCGACGACUCGAACACAAGUAAAACUAUGCCUGGUGCCGCCGUAUUUCAGACUACGGAAGAAAUGUUAAAGCUGGCAUCGUCGAGCCCUGUCGGGUCACUCGCGUACGUGGUAGAAGAACAAGCUCUAUUGGUGAAGGUCAACUCCGGAUGGCAAUAUGUAUCCCUGGGUUCCUUAGUAACGCACUCGGCACCGGCCGCUCCGACACCGCCCCCCGUGACGCCGCCGAUGCCUGCAGCUAGUCUUGUACACGUCCCGCCUAUCUCAAACCUUGUCGAAAACUCACCUGCAUCUAAUGUACCUAGCCUCCGAAUGGCGGCUCUUAACGACCCACUCACUGGUGAUAUGCACGGUGUGCGACGGGCCAACUACGCGUGUUACAGGCAAUCUAAAAGGGCUGGACUCAGAGGAACUUUCACAGCUUUCCUUACGAGCAGAAUCCAAAAUUUGGAUACGAUCGUUCGUUACUCGGAUAGGCACUUGCCAGUCGUGAAUACACAAGGCGAGGUCUUGUUCAAAUCCUUCUCGGACAUGUUCGACGGAAACGGUGGGGUUAUCGCCGGGGCACCGAGGAUUUACAGCUUCAAUGGCAGGAACAUCAUGACGGAUUCUCACUGGCCACAGAAGAUGAUAUGGCAUGGAUCGCAUGCAAGUGGAGAAAGAGCGCUAGAUACUUUCUGUGAUGAAUGGCAGUCCAAUGAUUCGUCUCGACGAGGAAUGGCGGCUUCACUUUAUUCCCAUAAACUACUGUCACAAGAAAGGCAUACGUGCAAUAACCACUUCAUAGUUUUAUGCAUCGAAGCAACUUCUAAUGGAAGUUUUAGAAAGAAAAGGGAGAUUUCGAGUUACAAUAUGACUGGAAUAUUAGACGACGAAGACUACCUUUACAACGCUGAAGAGUAUCAGCAACUAUUAAACGAGAUAUUUGCUCAACCGUUCAGAGAGAACUAACUUAAAUAAAUUGUGGAUGUAAAAUGGAAUGCUUCGAGCCAUUCCGAAAUUUAACUCGCUACAUUAAAGUUAAAUUUUCUGUGAAAGGCUUUUUGGCUUUGUGCACGCAGUAACACAGCCGAGUUGUAAGGCAAUGAACGAAAGCAUUUUUAUUGUCAUUUAUUGGAAAUGAGAUUAUUGAUAUUGAGGAAGCGAUGCUUGAUGUUCAUGAGAGAUUCCUAUUAUUUAAGCUCGGAAGCUUAAGCCAUCGAAAGUUACUAUAAAUUUAUGUAUUAUAACUUAAUUGUAGAUGUAUGUACGUGAAUUUUAGUUAGUCGUAAUACAUUUAAUUAAAGUUGUACAUAUUUUAAUGCACCACCAAAUUUAAUUGUAAGCCAUUGAAUUCUUCUACUAGGUAUGCUAUUAUUUCGUUUGCAUUAUGUAAGUUAAACACAACAAUAGUUAAAUGAAAAUAUUUCAUUAAAAUAAGAAGUGUAACAGACAACUAGAAAAAUAUAUUAUUACCUAUAUUAAUAAAAUAAAGACUAAUCAUUUUUUGUUACAAUUAAAAUGCCAUCCUUAGUUGUUUAUUAGUAUACGUUGAUAAUUCCAAAAUUUUAAAAGGCC